AUGACCAUUACUCCAGAUGAUGCCAAGCAGAUUCUUAAUCUCAAUGAGGGAGGUGUGGCUGUCAAGUAUGAGUACACAAAGCAGUUAAGUUGGGCACAACUUUAUGAUUUGUGUAACAAGUAUCUUGUUUGGUAUAAAGAGACCGCAUACAUUGAGUUCAACAGGUGCUUCUCUUACAAAAAUAGACAGUUUAAUAUGAGCCAGUUGAUCAAUAUGUUCCGAGGUACUGCCAAGAAAGAAAAGCAAGGACCGUUAAGUGAUGCCGAAGUGGAUGCCGCUGCCACCGCCUAUAUCUUGGUUGUAUUGGGAUGUAUCAUAUUCCCCAAUACGAGUGGAAACCGAGUAGACGCCAACCUUCUACAACUUUUGGAUCCUCUCGAUAAGGUCGCUGAAUACUCUUGGGGCACGACAACCAUUGCAUUCUUGAUGGAAGAGUUGAGAAAAGCGUCGAGGCUUAGGACUAGCCAAACUUCCGGGAACGUGAGUCUAUUCCAGACAUGGAUCUAUGACCACUACCCCGGUCUGGAAUUAGCAGAGCUGAACCCAGCGUGGCAGAGAGGUGCACCGAGAGGAACAAAGUACAAGUUCACAAAGAACCCUACAAGGUCAAAGGACGAGCAGUUGGUUAACUUGAGGGAGAAAUUAGACUCACUAAAGGCCUCAGAUGUAUGCUUUGAUCCAUACAAGAAAGAGCGAGCUGGUGGACAUAUAGGGCCUCGUUCCGAGUUGUCCCAUUAUUUUGGACCAUUGUGGCACCACACAGGUUAUGUGAUGUACAAUGGCUCUAGGGUGAUUCGACAACAUGGUGCUUGA